UGCCUACGUCGCAAGAAUCGAUCUGGUAAAUACCUUCAGUUCAGUACAAAGUCAUCUAGCACAGCCAUGCAGUCUCAUGUAUUGCUGAUCGUCUGUUGCAGAACGGAAAGUAGAAAGUUGCAGAACGUCAGAGACAGUCAACGAGAUCGUGGAAACAAGUAAAAAAGACGUCGUUCCUGACGAUGAAUACGAUUACUACAUCUGGACAAGAAAAAAGAACCCGUUUGGUGAUUUAUCUCAACCGUUCCCUAAAGAUGACGAACCUUCAAUGAUCGACCACCGUCAAAUUGAUAUCGAUGGUGUGAUCUACGACAUUCCUCAAUCUCUACUACCUCGAACAUUGACGCAGGCGAGCGGAGUUUACGACAAACUCGAGCCCAUAGAUCCAAACAAGCAACUAGUCUUAGACGGACAGAUCUACGACAUUCCACGCAAAUUACUAAAGCAACAGAUUGCCAUAGAAUUGAGUGUCCUGGUACCGGAGGUGAGACGGUCUCCGGUACCGUCCAGUAGUCAAGUCGACAUAAGUGGCAAAGAUGAUGUCAAACUAGAUGUUGACGCCAUUUCGUCAAAACUGUCAAUUGUAAAUCUUCCGAAAGAUGUGAAGCAGAGAGGUCGAUCCCUUACUGAACCUAUCUAUCCAAAACUGUCUACUAUACACAUGUCUGCCAACAUGUAAGAGUUCGCUCAUAAAAAUGAAUCAAUUCGGCGUUUGAUUGCUAUUUGGAAGAAACUAGAAUUUUGUUAUAA